GCCCCGUGUCCCCCCAGGAUGAGCUGCGCCCCCGCCAGCGCCGACGCCUGACCCUGCCACCAUGCUCGUCAAGGAGUACCGCAUCUGCAUGCCGCUCACCACCGAGGAGUACCGCGUAGGGCAGCUGUACACCAUCAGCAAGCACAGCCACCAGGAGAGCGAGAAGGGCGAGGGCGUGGAGGUGGUGAAGAACGAGCCCCACGAGGACCCCGUCCACGGCCCCGGCCAGUUCACCGAGAAGCGCGUCCACCUCUCCAGCAAGCUGCCGAGCUGGGCCCGGGCGGUGACCCCCCGCAUCUUCUACAUCACGGAGAAGGCCUGGAACUACUACCCCUACACCAUCACGGAGUACACGUGCUCCUUCCUGCCCAAGUUCUCCAUCUACAUCGAGACCAAAUACGAGGACAACUGCGGGGACAGCGAGAACAUCUUCCGCAGCGAUAAAAUCCUGGGCGACCACGAGGUCUCGUUCCUGGACAUCGCCUUCGACGAGAUCCCCGAGCGCUACUACCGCAGCCUGGAGGACCCCCGGUUCUUCAGCUCGGCCAAGACGGGCCGGGGGCCGCUGCGGGAGGGCUGGCGCCAGCACACCAAGCCCAUCAUGUGCUCCUACAAGCUGGUGACCGUCAAGUUCGAGGUGUGGGGGCUGCAGACGCGCGUGGAGCAGUUCGUGCACAAGGUGAUCCGGGACAUCCUGCUGAUCGGGCACCGGCAAGCCUUCACCUGGGUGGACGAGUGGUGCGGCAUGACGAUGGAGGAGGUGCGGCGGUACGAGCGGGAGACGCAGGAGGCCACCAACGAGAUCAUCGGCAUGGUGGCCCCCACCAUUUCGGUCAGCGAGGUGGGGCAGCCCACGGCCACGCACUCGGCCCCCGCCAGCGCCCCUUCCACUCCCCUCAGCGACGAAGCCCCCGACUUCCUCGCCCCCCCCAAAGCUCGGCCCCGCAAGAAGUCGGCGCCGGAGACCCUGACGCUGCCUGCGCUGCGGGAACGCGCCAGCGCCGAGUGA